UCAGCAGGGGCGGGGCGACGGUCCAGGGCGGGGCUGCACGGCGGUCACGUAUCUCCGGUAUCUCCCUCUUGCUGCCGCCACGCUGCGCGCCGUUUGUCCGCCGUGCUUUGGUCCUCCCUAGUUUUCCUGCCAUCAUGCCGAUGUUCGUGGUGAACACCAACGUGCCCCGGGCCUCCGUGCCGGACGGACUCCUCUCCGAGCUUACCCAGCAGCUGGCGCAGGCCACGGGCAAGCCGGCCCAGUACAUCGCGGUGCACGUGGUCCCGGACCAGCUCAUGGCCUUCGGCGGCUCCAGCGAGCCCUGCGCGCUCUGCAGCCUGCACAGCAUCGGCAAGAUCGGCGGGUCCCAGAACCGCACCUACAGCAAGCUGCUGUGCGACCUGCUGGCCCAGCGCCUGCGCAUCAGCCCGGACAGGAUCUACAUCAACUACUAUGACAUGAACGCGGCCAACGUGGGCUGGAACAGCUCCACUUUCGCCUGAACUUGGCGCCCCCUCCCCUCAUUGCACCCGCAGUAUUGUGCCAGCUCUGCUCGCUGCACCCCCAAUCUCCAGGCUGGGGAAAUAAUAAAAGCGGUUUGGGCACCA